AGCAAAUAAAAACAUAAUUUUUAGAUUUUAAUAGAUUGUAACGAAUCGUGUUAAAAACUCUCUCGGUAAAUAGUAACAAUGAGAAUCUCAAAAUAUGAUAUAGUAAUGAAUACAGGAAUUAUUAUAUCGAAUAAUUAUGAUGGCAAUACAUGGAAGUAAAAUAGGUGGAAAUAAGUGGUAUUACAAGGCGUUUCAAUGGAUACCCGUUUUGCUAACUGCAACUUUAAUAGUUUGGUGCUACUAUGCCUACGUUAUACAACUUUGUAUAUUAACAGUGGAAACCGAAGUUGAGAAAAUUUGUUAUUUGAUAUUAUUUCAUGUACUAUUCUUCAUGUUCAAUUGGUCAUACUGGAAAAUUAUUUUUACCGCUGCUGGAAGAGUUCCAAGGACAUACGCAAUUCCUGAGCACAUGCUGGUCUCUUACAUGAACGAUUCUGGCACCUACGAACAAAACAGCAUUUUUGAAAACCUAGCUAGGCGUUUAUCCAUCUCCACCAGAACUCUGAUGGGAGAGGUAAGAAUUUGCAAAACGUGCGGAGUAUUGAAACCUGAUCGAGCACAUCAUUGCUCAGUGUGUGGUGUUUGUGUCUUGAAGAUGGACCAUCACUGCCCUUGGGUCAACAACUGCGUGUCUUUCACCAACUACAAGUAUUUUAUAUUGUUUUUAGGAUACGGCUGUUUACUUUGCAUAGAUGUGGGUCUUACACUGUUUCCGUAUUUUAUCGACUUUUGGAAAGGAAGCCUGGCCGACAAUGGGAAAUUCCAUAUUGUGUUUCUAUUCUUUGUGUCAAUAAUGUUUAUGAUUAGUUUAGCUUUACUAUUUAGUUAUCACUGCUUUUUAAUUAUCGAAAAUAGAACUACCUUGGAGGCUUUACGUCCACCAAAUUUUAGAGACAUUGGAGUAGACAAGCGUGGGUUUCACAUAGGGAGAUAUAAAAAUAUUCAAGAAGUUUUCGGAGAAGACAUAAUAAAAUGGUUUUUACCCAUUUAUACGAGCUUGGGAAACGGUUUGGAGUAUCCGUUACGCUUCCAUCUACAACCAAGGAUCUAGAGUCCAAUGUCAUUGAUUUCACUGGUGUUCACUUGCGUUUCGUAUUUCAAGAUUUCUUUAAUCACUGUAUUUUAUGUUUUUAAAUAAAAAAUUG